GGCAGGCUGACGCCUUUCACAAGUUGUGAACCAUUUCUUCCCUUAGCAGAGACGACGAACGAAGCGUAGAAGAUGCAGAUCUUACGAACUGGAAUUCGAUCUCUCAGAUCGGCUUCUUCUGCUUCUGUUCCUUCAGAUUUAUGGCGGUGCAUUGACGGUGCUUUCCCUGCAAUUUCUGUGAUCAGGAGAGGAGGUUCCUUUGCAGAUAGUGUGUCCGUUCUGGGGUUUAUCGCAGAAGCGAGGACUUUCUCUCAAUCAUCUGCUUGUGCCUCUGCCACUUGUUUGGACAAGGCGGAGGUGACCACUCGUGUCGUGGGUCUUCUCAAAUCCAUCCCGUUCGUUGAUCCCGUCAAGGUGAGCCCAGUGGCAAGUUUCAAGGAUGACUUGCAGUUGGAUACGUUGGACAAUGUGGAAGUAAUGAUGGCAGUGGAAGAAGAAUUUGCUGUGGACAUCCCUGACACUGAAGCCUGUAAAGUUUCUACCACAGCCCAUCUCAUUGAUUACAUUGCAAUCCAUCCUCAAGCAAAGUGAAAGUCCUGUUCUUUCUAGGUGAUGUCUUAAAUGACGACCUAUCGAGUUUUCUUUUUAUUCUGGCUUCUCCUCCAAAGCCAAUUCAAAGGUUUGUAAUAAUGUUACAGUGAACAAUAUGAAACAUUGUCAUUCAAAUUGGACUGGUUGUUACCUGGUAAGCUUCUUAUUGAUACAUUAUGCAUUUGAGUUUCUAGCUCCAGUCUUUAAAUCAGAAAUAUUCGUUA